AUGAGCAUCAAGUCCCUCCUUGCGUCCCUUCUCCUCAUCUCCGCGGCCUCUGCGCAGCUCUCGGGGCACGUUGGCCCGACGAGCGCGCUCUCCGCGAAGCAGGUGAAGACGUGCAGCGUGCUCGACUACGGAGGCAAGGUCGGCUCCACAGACAUCGGGCCCGCGAUUCAGAAGGCGUUCGAUGAAUGUGUCACGAAAAACUCUGGGUCUACGCUUUAUGUCCCUGCUGGAAACUAUGCCAUGAAGACCUGGGUCACCCUCAAGAACGGCUCCAAGUGGGCCUUCCGCCUUGACGGCCUCAUCACUCGCACGGCAACUACGGGUGGUAACAUGAUUGCCAUCCAGGGCGCGAACGACUUCGAGUUCUACUCCGCGAACAGCGCAGGUGGAAUCCAGGGAGCUGGCUACCAGUGCCGUAACGCCGGGCCUCGUCUCAUCCGCAUGGUCAAGUCCACGAACUUCUCCGUGCACGACCUCAUUCUCGUUGACUCUCCGGAGUUCCACUUGGUCGUUGAGGCGGGCUCCAACGGAGAGGUCUACAACAUGGCUAUUCGCGGCGCCGAUAUCGGUGGCUCCGAUGGUGUCGAUGUUUGGGGUACCAACCACUGGAUUCAUGAUGUCGAGGUGACCAACCGCGACGAGUGCGUCACCGUCAAGUCGCCCGCUUCGAACAUCCUCGUUGAGCGCAUCUGGUGCAACCAGUCCGGCGGCAGUGCCAUCGGUAGCUUGUCUGACGGUACCGCCAUCGAGAAAGUCCAAUACAAGAACGUAUACACGAAUGGCGGAAACCAGGUGUUCAUGAUCAAGAGCAACAAGGGUUCCGGCUAUGUCAGGGACGUGACACUCGACACCUUCAUGGCUCACGGCACUGCGUAUGGCCUCAACAUCGACCAGUACUGGUCUUCGCAGACGCCUGGAACCGGUGCUGGCGUGGCGCUGUCGGACAUUACCUUCUCGAACUGGAUCGGCUAUGUGAACGACGGCGUUGCACGCGCCCCUGCUCAGCUCAUUUGCGCCGACGGAGCGCCCUGCACGGGCAUUACAUUGAAGAACAUGAAUUUGUGGUCGAAGACGGACAAGGCGGUCGUGAAGUGCGAGAGCGCGUACGGCUCCGGGCUUGCCUGCAUCAAGAGCGGCUCGACGCACACCGCGUACGCGAAGGUGACGCAGUCGAUCUCGAAGCCAAGCGGGUACGUUGCGCCCACGGUGAUGCCGGGCGACCUCAAGUCAGGUUUCGCGACGAACGCGGCUAUCCCCACUCCCGUUAUCCCGACGGCGUACUACCCUGGCCUGCCGCAGAUUAGCCCGCUGGCUAAGAACUUGUAAAGACUCGAGAUAUGGUCUCUGGAAGGAUGGAGUUAUGGCGCUUGCGGGCAUGCAUCUCAUUAUUGCCGAUCAUUUGAACUCAACACUCAUUAGUAUAUACCCUUUGUUGCAUACACGCGGCGCAUACUCUAUUCUAAUCUAAUCAUGUUGUCUACGACAAC